UUCAGCACCAGUCAUAAAAACUAGGCAUGUCCACGGACCAUACAUCGUCAAUGACUGGAACCCACAGUCUCCUUUGCGGGCAGCGUGCAAAGUCUUAUGGCAGCCUGGUGACCUCAUCACCAAUCAGACAAAAAAUAAUUGAACACAAAGUUCAACCUGAAGACACUUUACAAGGAUUAUCAUUGAAAUAUGGUGUAUCUAUGGAGCAAAUCAAAAGGGCAAACAGACUGUACACCAAUGAUUCAAUAUUCUUGAAAAUGUUCCUCUCCAUCCCUCUACCGACAGAGUCGUUGUUUACUAAUGAGAAUGAACUGUGUGACGAAGAGUUAAGGCAGGAAGAGAGGAAUUCACAUCAACAAGUUUUCACUGAUAAUGGUCAGACAGGCUUUAAAAGUCAAGAAGUGACUCCAGAUCUUUCUCCAUCAGACUAUUUAAAAAGGAUAGAUAGCCUGAUUAAUCAGUCCAAAAAAGCAGCUGUGAAGGCAUGUCAAAUGGAAGAUAAACAGUUGUUUUGCACCAGUAAGGGUUCCAGUGCCUUUUGUCAGUGUCAGCAGGCCAUGCUGGGAGCUGCGCCUCUUGCUAUUACCAGACGUGUCAAGAAUCUGAGGGACAGAGAGGAUGAGAUCUUUCAGCUCUGACCCUGCUUCUUUAUAGAGCUGUUUAGCUUCUGCCAAAUAUUUAGACAUAGAAACAAAAUAAAGAUUGAAGUUGGGUAGA